UUUUUUAAUUCAUGUUCUUGAGUAUUUUGGGAGGUUCGCUCAUAAUGUAUGUGUGUGUUAAGACAUCCGAACUGUUGUGUUUACCAGUGGCCCUCAAUAUACUAGGCACAAAUAUUUUAAAACAGAAUUAGUAAAAAAACGAAUUGAUUUUUAAAUUGUCUACAUUUUAGAAAGCAAUGAAGACUGCAUUAACACCACACUAUGGUAAAAUAGUAGUUGUAAACUCAUACCUCUGUUUCUAGUGUGCUACAAACCCUAAAGAAUGUGGAAAAGCCCAUAAAGAAUGUGCAAUAACACCUUUAAAACCAGAACCAGACUAAUGACUGUCAUUGAAUAAAUUAUGUAAUUUGUUCAAUUAAUGAGUCACAAAUUAAUUGCAGGUGGUUUAAAUAAUGUUUAAAAAUUGUCACUAAACAACUUGUGCUCAUCGAUUAGAAAUAAAAAAGGCAUUUUGCAGAUACAAUCAAACGAUACAUACUGGAUUAUUAUCAUUAACAUCACACACUUGUACCAUUCUACCUAAUCAUAAAAGAAUAUGAAUUAUGGCCCACAAGAUGGCGCUUUACUGCACAACUACUUCAGGCUCUAGACAUAAAUUACAUUACAUUACAAUACAUUUAGCAGACGCUUUUAUCCAAAGCGACUUACAAUUUUUGUCAGUCAACCAAUCAAGCUACAGUGAACAUACAAAAUACAUAAAUAAAAGGGCCAAAUGGAGGGCCAAAGGAAGCUCAUAAUUUCACUGGGGACACUUCAUUAUCGGUUUGAUGUAGAAUGCUGGGCAAAAAUAAUUUACAUAAGAUGGAACAUUUGAAAUAUGUCGCCAUUUAGUGGCGUUAUCUCAAAUUAUAGUGGAUUUGUUGGAACCCAGGAAAUUAACAUCAACCUUUACCAUGCCCUGUACCAGUGUUUGGCGGAUCGUAUCUGGCCCACGGGACAUAGUUUGCCCAUGUCUGAUAUUAAAUUUUGGUGAUGAACAUAGACCAAAUACUCCUGUGACGUUCUAGUGAUUAAUUUCCGAGGAUAUAGAGGCUCAUUUAAAGCACUGCUUAUUAUAGCGUUACCCAAACCGGCACCGGUGUUGAUUGACUUCCAUUAAAGCUUGUGAAUAAAAUGCAAUUAAAAAAAUAAAUUAGAAUGACUAAUUUGCAGUAUCCGGGAGCUGAGCCACACGAUAAUAUAAAGAGGUAUUUUCAGCUACAUCGCUCUAAAAGGUCGUUCAAAUUGUUUCUAUGCGAAACCGCUCUGGACAAUGGAGAGCAUUUGGAGAUAAAUCACCAGCGAACGUGCAGCCUAUGCUGUGUGAAAUGAGUGGAGAGCCGCCGUAGGGCGCGGGGCGAACGACUGUUGAAUAUCCGAUUUGAAAUUGAUGUCUGUGCGGUACACAACGCCGGCUUUCUCCGUGGCAGCACUUUGUUUUUCUAAAGCCAUCUUACGCCACAUCGCAGAUAUUCUCCAUCGGUCUCAUCUCUGGGACACUCAUUCACCAUAGUUGAUCAUUUGCUGCCAGGUUAAGUGUUUUAUCCAGAACCUACGGUCUUCGUGCGUGUGAAUACUUCCUGCUGCAAGCAGAGAAAGGAGAAGGCGCCGCUCAGUGCUCACCAAGCGGCUAAUGGCGGAGGAGAUGGUCAGUGUCUUAGAGGAAAACGAAGCGGAGAGCAAAGAAAGAGUGGAGCAGCCAGAGAAAAAGAGCUGCCGUCAGAGGAGGCUGCUUCAUGUGGAACCAAAGCCCGAAGGCGGGCUGCACUCAGCAGAUUCCGAGCAGCCAUUGGUGAUUAAAGAAGAGGACUGUUGUUCUGUUGUGUUCAAAGAGCAGUUGGAGUACACCCACAUCAAAGAAGAAGAAGAGGAGUUCUGCAUCCAGAAAGAGGGGGCUGAUAGCACUGCUAUAAUGCUGAAGAUUAAGAAAGAAGAGAGUCAAGAUUCAAAACACCUUUCCAAGAGUCACACUCAGGAGAGCUGGGAAAACUGUGGGAGAUCGGAACAAGCAAGGGACUCCUACAGAAACAUUGAGGCUGAGGGUCAUACUGAAAAAUCUUCUGAGGCCGAAGACAGUGAUGAUGAGCAGGAGACGGCCAGUAAAUCCCUAUACUUGACAAAUGACACUGUGACAACUGACAAACCUAGCCGUUCUGACUGUGAUAAAACAUUAUUCAAUGGGGACUGCUUAAAGGCAGAAGAAAAGCAGAGCUCAAAAGAGGAAAACGCUGACAUCAUUGCUGUGAUUGUAAAGGUGGAAGAAGACGAGGAAAGACCUGAGUCCACCCACUUUCUUCAGACUCCAACUGUAGAUGUUAAGGAUAACUAUAGAAAAUCUAAAAUAGCUAGUUGUGCUAGCCAGAAUGAACGAACACAUCGAACACAUACUGAAGGUGAUACAUUUUCUGAGACAGAAAAUAGUGACAAUGAUCUUAAGCAGAGUAGCAACCUAGAAAACCUUAAGAUUUUAAAAAAUAAAAAUUCCACUGAAACAAAAUAUGACACUAGUUAUGAAGUCAGCUGUUCCCGGUUUGGUAAAACCUCGAAGGAACAUGAGAAUAAUAAUACGGAAGAAAAAUCAUGUAGUUGCAUGGACUGUGGUCAAAGAUUUAUCAAACAUGGUUAUAUAAAAUUACUUGAAUCAAAUUAUUCUGAAGAAAAGCAAGAGUAUUGUACAAGAAUAAUAAAAAAGAGAACUCGAAAAAGAAAUGGGACAAAUUCUUUAGGAAGGAAAUCAUUCAGUUGUUCUGAGUGUGGUAAAAACUUUACCCAGAAGAGCAGUCUGAGGACGCAUAAGAAAAUUCAUACAGGAGAAAAACCAUUUAGCUGUUCAGAGUGUGGUAGAAGAUUUAUCAGAAAGAGUGAUCUGAAGAGACACGGAACAACUCACCCCGGGGAGAAGCCGUUUUGUUGCAAUGUGUGCGGAAAGCGAUUUACCCUCAAAAGUGAUCUAAAAAGACAUGGAUCAAGUCAUCCAGGAGACAAACCUUUCAGUUGUUCUGAGUGCGGCAAAGGAUUUACUCUGAUGAGCAGUUUGAGGUCACAUGAAAGAAUUCAUACAGGAGAGAAACCAUUUAGUUGCUCUGUGUGUGGGAAAGGAUUUACAUUAAAAAGUGAUUUAAAACGGCAUGAAAUUAUUCACACUGGAGAGAAACCAUUUAGUUGUUCUGAGUGUGGCAAAAAAUUUACUCAGAAAAGCAGUCUGAAGACACAUGAAAAAAUUCAUAGUGGGGAGAACCCAUUUGGUUGUUCUGAGUGUGGUAAGAGGUUUAUUGAAAAGAGCUACCUCAGGAGGCAUGAGAAAACACAUGCAAGAGCAAAGGCAUUCAUUUCUGACUAAAGUGAAACCAAAGAAUGCCAGCGUCUUGACAGACAGUUCAUAUCCUGUUCAUGUUUCUGAUGUUUUUUGGAGAACAGAAGGUCAGAACUAUAAAAAGAAAUUUGAAAGAAUGCCUGAAGAAUCUCUUUUAAAAUGUCGGUGCCAGUGCUUGUGUUAGAGCUGACUUUCUGAUAUUUUAUUUUACAGUAGGUACUUUAUCUCAGAACAGUACAGAGAACGUCAGAAGGAGCUACAUUGUGUAUUUGUAAAUUUAAAAAAGGCAUAUGACAAAGUGCCAAAGGAGGAAUUGUGGUUUUGUGUGAGGAAGUCAGGAGUGGCAGAGAAGUAUGUUAGUUUGG